GGACUAAUAAUCAAGAUGGCGACUCGAAAGCAACGUGCACCUGUGCAAUAUGUUCAAAUUGAUGCCCUGGUGGUAUUAAAAUUGAUAAAGCAUUGUCAAGAAGAAGGGGCUGGUGGAACAGAUUUAGUUCAAGGUGUAUUACUAGGUUUAGUUGUAGAGAACAGAUUAGAAAUAACCAAUUGUUUUCCAUUUCCCAGGCAUAGUGAAGAACAAGAGGAUUUCAAUGAAGUCCAAUAUCAGAUGGAAAUGAUGCGUAAUUUACGCCAUGUUAAUAUAGAUCAUUUACAUGUUGGCUGGUAUCAGAGUACUUUAUUUGGUUCCUUUAUAAACCGACCAUUGAUUGAUUCUCAAUUUAAUUAUCAAGACUCUAUUGAAGAAUCUGUUGUUCUUAUUUAUGAUCCCCUAAAGACAACACAAGGGUUUUUAUCUGUGAAAGCUUACCGAUUGACACCAGCUAUGAUGAAAUUUCACAGUGAAAAUGACUUUUCAACCGAGAACAUAACCAAACAUGGUAUGACAUUUGAUAAAAUGUUUGAAGAAAUUCCAGUAGUAACCAAAAAUUCUCAUCUUGGAAAUUCGUUAUUAUGUAAUUUAGAAGAGGAAGAACAGGAGGCUGAUAAAUAUAAUUUCUUGGAUCUGGCAACAAGCUCAAUGUUACAGAAGAAUUUAAGACAAUUGAUGGAAUGUGUUGAUGCUACCACAAUGGAUAUUAAUAAAUAUAUAAAUUGUCAACGACAAAUCAUGAGACAACAACAGGCAAAGCAACAGCAUAUUCAGAAAAGGCAACAAGAUAACGCCUUGAGGACUCAGAGAGGAGAGCCACCAUUACCAGAGGAAGACCUAAAUAAAUUAUUUAAACCUAUACCAUCACCACCAAGAUUAGAAUGUUUAUUAUUUUCUGGACAGAUAGAUAACUAUUGUCAACAAAUAUCCAGUUUCGCUACCCAAAGUCUUGGUAAAUUAUUCAUGGCAGAGAGUUUACAGAAUGAAGGACCUUCAACUUAAUGUAAAAUAAUCAAAACCAUAAAUGAUGUUAGUUAAGGAAAUAAAUCUUCAAUAUAUAUAUGUUUAGUGUUGAAUAAUAUUUGAUAUGGGUUAAAUGGGUCUUAUAGGAUCGCAAUUACUUAUGUUGAAACGUCUAAUCCACAAGUUGCUAUCAGGUGUAGAAAGAGAAACAAAAUAUUUUAGCCCGUUUCUUUAUUUAGAAAUCAAGUAAUUGAAAUAAAGACUUAUAUUCUAUAUUAAAUGUUGAAUUCAUUGUACAAUUUGUUAAGUAUAUCAAUAUCAGAGCAUUUCCACUGCAAAUUGUCCAGACUUUGGCAAAGUUGUAUUAUCUCCUAACAUGCAGAUCAAAAUUUGAUCUUGUUAAUUUGACACAGCUUUAUGGAAUAUGUUGACAUGGAAAGAAAUAGAAUGUUACAAUCAAAAACACUUUUUCAGUUUGAUCUUGUACAAAAAACAAGUUAGAUUAGAAUAUAUAUUUUAUUUUCUUGAAUGAACUACUGUAUAUUUAACAAAAUAGAUGUUCACAUAAUCUGGAGAUGGAAUCUAGGACUUGUCAAAAGAGUUGCACAGAAAUUACAGGAUCAUCAAAAUGUGUAUCACAGUCACAAAUCUGGAUUAAGUUUCUCUAUUAACCAAAAUUUCAAACUACUCUAUGCCUUUUGUUUUUUUGACUAAAAUAACAUUGGAUUUGCCACCAUAUUUCAAAUUAUUAUACUCUGAUCACAAAGAAAAUAAACUUGAAAGAAUCCUUUAAAUUAUGUGGAAUGGCAGUUGUAUGAAACAAAAUUAUUAAAAGCUACAUAAAAACCAUAAACAAUAAUCUUGCAUCCAAACCAUGAAGCAUCACACACAUAUUAAGAAAAAUAUGGCUCAAUGUGAACCAUUUUCCAGUCGUUUUUGAAUAGUGUAUUCUCUUUCAUACUGUCCACUAACAGAAGUCUUCUGGCACAGUAAAUUCCUAUAUGACCAUAAAUUUUGUAUUCAACAAAAGCUCCAAUUAUUGCUUAAUUUAAUUUACCAUUAGAUUACUGUUCAGACAGACAACGGUUUUCAUUUCAAUGAAAUAAACAUCAAAGUAUGAAGUUUGGAAAUCACUACUAAUUUUGAUUGAUUUAUUACUGAAUGACAGAUAAACUUGACAACUGUUGGUAGACAGUAACUCUCGCAAACCAUGGACACAGGAAGUUUUUCAGAUGUUUUACACCUAACACGAGCUAAAUAUUUAUGUACAAGUAUAAAUAUUUUUAUUAAUAAUACCCAGAAAAUUGUCACUGCUGUUGCCCACUACCAUUUGAAUGCCUGUAAUAAAGGAUUGAGACCACCAGAAGCCAUAUCACCUUGACUACCAGAUAAUACACUACUCAUCAUUUGUUGCAUUUGUGGAUUGGACAUAAACUGUGAAGCCAUACUCAUUAAGGCUGGAUUAUUUAACAUCCCUGCCAAAUCAAUUCCACCAGGACCUGCUGCAAACCCAGCAUUUGCAGCUGCUUCCCUUAGUUUUUGCUCUGAUAUUUCUAAGUUGUUAAGGUAGCUUUGAUUAUCAGGGUCUAGUUCUAAAGCUUUUCUAUAGCAUUCACGAGCACUUUCAUGAUCAUUUAAAGCUGUAUAAGCAAUUCCCAUUCUUC